GACGUUUUACUCUAUCUAUGAAUUGCUUCCGCUUUGCUUACGCACCUCUUUAUUGAUGUUUUGGCACAAUAUACAUUUUUAGUGACCUCGUUAUAUUUUACUUCGCUAGAACGUGUAUUGUUGUUUCUGUGACGAUUCAGUGUUCUAUAGUCAUGAUUUAAUCAGAAGGAUUUUGUCCAUUGUUCACCUUUUUUGUAUGAACAUCAGCCUCCGUAUCUACGAAAAGAUGACUCACGCAUUUGGAUGAGAUGCAAUAACAUGUUGUGAUUAUUUUGAAGUUAUUUAUCAUUUCCACCGAAAUAUUUAUUACAAGAUGGCACAAGAGGAGGUGACUUUGAAUGUGUACGACAUGUACUGGAUCAAUGAGUACACAACAAACCUGGGUUUUGGGGUGUUCCACUCGGGGGUGGAGGUCUAUGGAAUUGAGUAUGCUUACGGUGGACACCCUUUCCCGAUGACGGGAGUUUUUGAGAUCAUGCCAAAAGAUGCAGAGGACCUGGGAGAGCAGUUCAAAUUUAAGGAAUCCAUCCGGAUGGGAAGAACAGACUUUACUCCCGAGGAUGUGAGGAAGAUAGUUGAUCAGCUGGGGAAAGACUUCAAGGGUGACCAGUACCACCUCCUGAACAAGAACUGUAACCACUUCACCGCAUCCCUUACACAGAUUCUAUGUGGGAAGGACCCACCCAGCUGGGUCAAUAGAUUAGCCUACGUAAGUACGUGUAUUCCAUUCCUAGAGCGAGCUUUACCCAAGGAGUGGCUGACCCCCAUAGCCUUACAGCAAGCCCUUCAGGAGCCAGUGGUGCGGGACUACGACUCCCGGGGAGCCUCAGGGAGAACCGAACGGGGUGGAAGUUUUCAUAUACACAAUCGUCACAAGUAGUCGUACCAUUUGUUGAGAUAUUGUCCAGUAUUCUUGUGCAUGUGAUGAAUGAAAGUAAAUUUGAUAGCUAGAAAGACUUCUGAAGAGAAAGUUUCUUGAUUUAUUUGUUAUAUCAUUGUGAAAUGAUUAUUUUUAGAUAUUUAUUUUUUUCAGAUUUUUAAAAAUUAUUUAAUUUGUUUAUAUUAGAAGUUGUGCAAUCUUUUUAUGGGCCAAAGGAGUUGUAGGUUCAACACACAUUUGGUCACUGUAUCAGAUAUCAUUAAAGGGCCGAUACUCUAUAUGCUUGCAAUUGCUCAACACAUGUAUACACAUACUUCAAGGAGCAAAACAAUGAAAAUUCAUUUGAUGUCCUAGUUAUAUAUUCAAUUUGAACACUCAAAAAUGUCCCACUGAUCACUUGAUGUGAUCAAUCUUUGAACAAUGUGGUCCUGUAACUCAUAGGAUUUUUAUUGGUUACUUUACUUUUUUGUUAUCCUGUGCUGGGAUUUGAGAAAGAUUUUCUAAUUUGAAAUUAACUAGAUAUUGUUUGUAAAGAACAGCUCCAUUGACCAUCUGGAAUUUGUAUACAUGUACUGUCAGGUUGGCCAAUCAUUUCUAUAACAGUAAAAAACUGUUGUCUGUUACCGGUAUGUGAGCUUGUAUCAUUUCUUUCAUCAGUAUUGAUAGUUUCAGUGAUUUGUAUUUGAUGUCAUCAAGUGCUGUACUUUUUUUAAACCUUUGUACACCAACAGUAUACUUUUAUGGUAAUCGUUUAACUUAGCAUUUCCAUGGCUAUACUUGUGUAAGUCACUAUCGAU